CUGAUACUCGCUUUGAGCACCAUUGGACUUAUCUUCAUCAAGUAGUCGCCAAGCAUUGCAUUGUGCCAUCAACACUUUGAGACCAACUAUUUAUAUUUUGUAAUGCAUCCUCGCUCGUUCACAAAUAAACCACAAAAGCUUAACUGAGCUUAAGCCGAUACGGUGGAACAUAAUAAUUCAAUUCGGUAAAGUUUAAAGUCGAGUACGUAGCACCAGAAGCAGGACAGUAGCAAAUAAGCAAACAUUAACAUUGGUGAAAAUGAAAAGUCCAGUAGUCGUCUCGUAUCAUGAACUAGCCGUCAAACAAAUAACAUAAUUCAAUAAUCCUAAUCAUAUUAAGUUACAAAGCUCCCUCGUCACUUCGCCCAACAAGAAACUUAUUUAAACAUUAUUGUCUUCUUCAGAAGAAGAACAGCUACUUAUCUGCGAAAGAAAACACUACAACAAGUCAUCUUUGCACCAAAGGGUUGGUUGAUAAGUAUGCAUGCACUGCGAGAUAUGGUGCAUAAGCAAGUCGUCUUAUUGGCAAUUACUCAUUAAUAACCCGACCCGAAAUAUAAUCGACGGAAGGUGAUACAAAAUCAUAAAUGCAUUAAAACAAACCAAGUUGAGACAGAAACAAUUCAGACAAUCGAGUAUAGAGUGUUGGUGUUUGAGUGAUUCUUGAUUUUCUUAACCUUAUUUUAUAUUUGUACACACACACCAAUUGUGACUGCAAAGUGGAGCCGUCUCACUAUUAACUGUAACAGUUCGGCAGUGUGAAUCACUUGCAAUGGAAGGGAAAAACGAGAUUGAGAAAUCCUCGUUCAGAAUUGUAGACUUGUUACAACGAAGAGAAGACCAUGAUAAUGAUAAGCCUAUGGAGUUAACGCGAAAAACGACACAAUCUUCUUCCUCUUCCUCCACCUCGUCAAGAUCCUCAAGUCAGGAACAUUCACCCAAAAAUAGUAGCCUGCGACACGGUCACAAUCGCGGUGGAAGCAGCGGGCACAAUCAUAUUUCAAACAGAUUUGGUUCAAGAUCGCAAAAUAAUUUUCAAUUUUUAUCAUCAUCGUCUCGCCCUCCUUGCAAUGUUCCGUCUUCUCCAGAAAGUCCUGAAAUUUGCAAUGGACGAGAAGGGAACAAUGAGACGCCACCAGAAGUUCGCCCUGUGAUGCACUUACCCCACCCAGCAAUGUACCCUUAUCAUCACGCACAUUUCCCCAACUUGGGGUCAACCUUCCCCAGAUUGUUUGGAACGGAGGCACACAUGCUGUCAAAUAUGCCAUUGUCUGUCGAGACCAUGGGUCAACAACAUCGCCAUCAUCCCUCUUCAUUCAUGACCACGUCGCCCCCAACGUCUCUAAAUGGAACCAAUCCAUUUUUCCACAAUCAUCAACUCCGAUCCUCUCAACAACUUCCUCCCGAUUUUUCUUUGUGGAAUGGAAACGGACCCCAUGGCUCAGGUGUCCCCAACAGCAUGAUAUCCUCAUACACGGAUCCAAGACUGUAUGAAUACGCAGACAAUUAUCCAGCUUCCUCACUUCUUACGAGACUUGCAUGUGGGAUAGACUACAUGGGAGGGCGUGGCCUUCAUCCUCUACUGAUUGGAGAAAGUAAACGGAAAGGAGGACAGAUUCGAUUCUCAAAUUCUCAGACAUCUCAACUAGAAAAAGCAUUUGUGGAGCAUAAGUAUCAGAAUGCUCACGAGAGGAGAAAACUGGCACAUUCACUCGCACUUACAGAUCGACAAGUAAAAACUUGGUUUCAAAAUCGGCGAGCAAAAUGGCGAAAAAAUGGACACAAGGAUGAUGAUACAAUAGAUAAAAAGGUCCAUCAUCCGGGUGGUUACAGCGACACGUUGAGACUGGCAUUGUUGGAUCGUUCCUCUUCAUCGGCAAGCGAAGAUAAAUCUCUUACAAGCCACGAUUAAAGAAUAAGAAAGCUUUUCCUCGUUAUACAUUGAAACAAAUUUGACAUUGGCAUCUAAAAAUUCUUACCAAACUGUGAUCUCUGUUACUUUAUAUGUAUACACACACUUCGUAAAUGCGUAAUUUUCACAGCUAAAAAAUAAACAAAGUCACAACCUUGUAAUCGUAGUUCAGUGUGAGUAAAUUUGAAAAAUAAAUAUGCAAUAUUGAUGCGAA